UUGGCCCCUCCUACCUUGUUGGAGGCAGUGGAUACUGCUGCUGGUGCUCUUAGCAACGGUGCCUCAGCAACAGAGCCACGGCAACGGAGCACCACGGCAACAGAGUGCCGUGUCUCCCCUUAUGGAGCUUCCAUUGGGCGGGCCGGCGCUGAGGCACUACACCCGCAGCAGACCUAGACCACACCGACAAAACCAACACCUCCGCCCCAGCAGACCACAGGAAUCGGUGGUUGACAAUGAAAAUGAAGUCCCUGAUCACAUGGGGCGAGUUGAUGAGGGAGUUGAGGAGUUCUUUACUAAGCGAGUCCUUCCUGUCGACGCUCUGAAAACACAGAAUGAGGCUGAGGAACCUCCCAUUACUGAACAGGAAGUGGAAGUAGCACCUGCUAGCGCCGCCCCUUGCCCCGCCCCUUCCAGGACCCUAAGGAGGAAGCUGGGCGAGUUCUUCACCCUUAAAAAGCGGAGAGCUGUGAAGUCAGAGGGAAGCCAAGAGGGGAAGGCCAAGAAGACCUCCAUCGCCGACCUGAUCCGGCCUCUCAGGGAGGCCGCCAGAGCUGAAAAAGAUAAAGUGAAGGAGAAUGAAAAAGAGAAGGAGAAAGAGAGUGUGGAUGACAGCGUUGUGACAGGAGAUUCAGUGGAAGCAGAAACCCCUCCUUCUGAUGGUCCCACUCCACUGAGGGGUGAGGCUCCACCCCGUCGUGCGCUAAGAGAGGGGAAGUCACAGUCUCUCAUUCUGCUCUCUGGAUCCGCAACCCACGCUGGGAACACCAAGAACACUGCACAAGGGAAGAAACACUCAUCUGACGGCCAUCAUGGCUUUGAGCAGCGCCUCCAACUCGUGCUACAACGUAUUGGUGUGUCCAAAGCUCAGCCAGGAGAGACACAGAGUCAGGAGGGAGAGAUGAAAAAAGCUGAAUCAGAGGGUACUAUCAUCGAUAAUAAACCUGAGCCCCCACCCACAUUUAUGAAGCCCCGGACCAUGUCCACCUCAUCAGAUACGAGACGUCCGGUCCGACAGAGUGUGUCCGCACAUGAGUCAGCUGGGAAACCUGCUCUGCCUCCUAAGCCAAUAAUUAAGCGAGGCCCAACCCCACCUCCCACUAUCUCCGGUCAUCUCACCCCUGAGAAUGACCUAGCCAAAAUACAGGAAGGAGAAGCAUGUUCCCCCACAGACCCCACCCCUAGUAUCACUGAUACCCCUACCAGUUCUAAACCUAUCCCCACUGAAGCCACUAUUCCCAUCACUGUCCCAGAUCCCACUAACUCUUCUAUUCCCACUGACACCAUCAUUCCCUCCCCUGUGCCAGAUCCCACUAACUCUUCUAUUCCGACUGACACCAUCAUUCCCUCCCCUGUGCCAGAUCCCACUAACUCUUCUAUUCCGACUGACACCAUCAUUCCCUCCCCUGUGCCAGAUCCCACUAACUAUUCUAUUCCCACUGACACCAUCAUUCCCUCCCCUGUCCCAGAUCCCACUAACUCUUCUAUUAUCACUGACACCAUCAUUCCCUCCCCUGUCCCAGACCCCACUAACUCUUCUAUUUCCACUGACACCAUCAUUCCCUCCCCUGUCCCAGAUCACAUUAACUCUUCUGUUCCUACUGACACCAUCAUCCCCUCCACCUCCCCUGUCCCUGAACCUACUAACUCUUCCAUCCCAGUUUCUAUUACCGCUACUUCCUCUAAUACAACCCCCAAUGACAUUAUCACCUCUACGACGUCUGCACCUACCCCUAUCAAUACUACAGCCCCCACCCCCAACACCACCACCUUUAUCCCCAGUACUAACCCUACCACAACCACUACCACUACCUCCAUCACAACUACAUCGGCCCCUAUGAAUAUUACAACUUCCACCCCCCCUACUGACAUUAACACUGUUUUUAUCCCCACUAUUAACCACACCCCAACUUCCCCUACCUCCACUGACUCCACCACCCCAACCACCUCUACGUCUGCCAUCCCUAAUCUAGCCACCAUCACCAUUACAAGCAUUACUGCCCCAACACCUGUUAACACUAAUACUGAUACCCCUACAUCAACAACCCCCACCACUAAUGCUUCUACCCCUACCCUUACUGAUACUGCUGCCUCAACUUCUACUGACUCGACAACUCCAACACUAAAUACUUCUAACUCCAUAAUUGCUUCUGCUGCCAACAACACUUCUACUCCCACCUCCACUAACUCUCUGUGUCCCACCCCAACUACCCUAACUACUAACUCAGUUACCCCACCUCUAUCUCCUGCUACUACUAUAACAACCUCUACCCUUAAUUCUAUGAAUGGUGCUUCCACCCCUACCCAUAUCCCCAUAAACUCUACUGACUCCAACGCUACCCAAACCGCAACUAACAAUACCAGCGCAACUAACUCUGUCAACUUCACUUCUACCUCAAGCCCCACUAACUCUACUAGUCCUAUCCCUACUUGCUCUACCAGCUCAACUUCCACUAACUGUGCUACUCACACUGCUACUAUCCCUACCAGUCCGAUCCCCAUUCUCUCUACUACUCACUCCCCCACUGCCACUUCUAUCCCCACUGCCACUCACUCAACUAAAUCCACCAAUAUUUCCUCCCCCACAUUCUCUUCUACUCACACCUCUACUAACACUACUAGUCCCAUCCCAACUAAUUCUACUAGCCUGGCCACUACCCCCACCCCCAUUAAGUCUAUCCCCGUCACCACUAUCUCUACAAGCCCUUCUAAUAUCACCACUGCCACUAACUCUUCUGUCCCCAUCAGUACCCUCAACCCCACUACCUCUACUACCAGCACCCCCACUAACUCUUAUGUCCCCAUCAGUACCCUCAACCCCACUACCUCUACUACCAGCACCCCCACUAACUCUUAUGUCCCCAUCAGUACCCUCAACCCCACUAACUCUACUACCAGCACCCCCACUAACUCUUAUGUCCCCAUCAGUACCCUCAACCCCACUAACUCUACUACCAGCACCCCCACUAACUAUUAUGUCCCCAUCAGUACCCUCAACCCCACUAACUCUACUACCAGCACCUCCACUAACUCUUAUGUCCCCAUCAGUACCCUCAACCCCACUAACUCUACUACCAGCACCCCCACUAACUCUUCAAAUCCCACCAACACCAAUAAACCUACUAAGUCUACUACACACACCACUAUCCCAAUCCCCACUAAUUCUGCUACUCAUUGUCCCACUAACUCUUCUACUCAUAGCCCCACUAACUCUUCCAGUCCAACCCCCACUAACUCUACUAGCCCCACACCAACUAAUACUAUUCAACCAUCACCUGAGGAGAGAAUUAGCUCUAAUCCUGCAAUGGGACUGCUGUCCAUGACUAAGGGUACAAACGACCUGAAUGCUGAGAGGGUAGAGCGGAACAAGGAGAAAGAGAAGGAGCCAAGUAGCAAGGAAGAAGAUGACAGGAGGGCCAUAGAGAAAGAAAAAGAACAGAAAUCAUUGGCGCACUACAUAGGAGAAACCAUAAAAGAGGAGAGGGAAGAGGGUCUGCAGAAGGUGGAUGAGAUCAUGAGGCAGGGAGUAGAAGGGACCAAAUCAAAUGAGGGAAGAGAGCUGUGUAAAAAGGAUGGGGAUAAAAAGAGGGAAGGAGGGACCAAUGUGUCAGAUGAAAAAGAGUUCAAAACUAAGGAGGCGGUAGAGAGCAAGACAAACAAGGGACCAACUACUGUGAUAGAGGCAGGGGAGACCACAGUAAAAGAAACGGGGGGAGAGUCCAUGGGACUGAGUACAGGGACCACAUCACAGCAGCAAACCGCAGAGGGUGGAACAUCGGACCAAAGAACUGAGACCCCCUCUGUGUGACACAAAUGGACUGACCCAGCACAGUGUCCUUUUUUUCGACCAUGUUUACAUUUGCAUUGCAUGUAUUGUAUAAUUGUGUAAUACAACAACUGUGGUGAAAUAUGUUUACAAUAGAUGGAUAUGAGACGUAUACUUACUUAUGAUUAUUAAAAGGAAUAUUCAAUAUGU